CAUUUUUUUAGACCUUCUUCCGGCGGAAGCGUGAACGUCGUUGCCUGUCAAGCUGAAGUCUUGGACCCGGGAGAGACAGAGAAAUUGAUUGAUUGAUUGACUGAUCGAUUGAUCGAUCGAUUGCAAUGUCCGGUGCCAGUGCUAGCUCUGCCGGGAGGGGGGUGAAUGAAAUUUUCGACUCGAUGGAGUACGGACCGGCCAAGGAAGACGGGGGCGCCGCGCAGGCGUGGUUGGAGAGACAUGCUCGUAGUUUUGGUCACUUCAUCUAUGGCCGCUGGGUCAAACCAGAAGGGAGAGAGAGCUACCCCAGCAAGAACCCAGCUACAGGACAGUCUCUUGCCUGCACAGUGCAGGGCUGCAGCUCCGAUGUGUCUCUGGCUGUGAAAUCGUCUCGCGAAGCCUUCGUGUCCUGGAGUGCCCUGCCGUGCCACGCCCGAGCGAGACACCUGUACAGCCUCACUCGCACAGUGCAGAAGCACCAGUCUCUCUUCAGCGUCCUGGAGUCCCUGGAUCACGGGAAGCCGGUCCAGGACUGUCGGAAUUUCGACGUUCCCAAUGUGAUCCGGCAUCUCUACUACCAUGCGGGCUGGGCGGAGCGGAGGGACAGUGAGAUGAAGGGCUGGCGUCCUCUGGGCGUCGUGGCCGCGAUCGUUUCCUCGGAAUCUCCACUGGUCACGCUGAGCUGGAAGGUGUGUCCCGCGCUGGCCAUGGGCAACACUGUGGUUCUGAAGCCAGACACACGGACACGCCUCUCCGCGCUCCUAUUCGCCGAGAUCUGCGCGGAGGCGGGGCUUCCACUCGGGGUUGUGAACGUCGUCACGGGCGACGAGGAUUUCGGGGCGGAGCUAGCCCAACAUCCUGAUGUGGAUAAAGUGGAUUUCACUGGAUCAGCGGAGAGGGGCAGGGCUCUGUGUAGGGGCUGUGCUGGCUCAGGGAAGGCUCUGUCUCUGAGGCUCGGAGCGAGGUCUCCCUGCAUCGUGUUUGAUUCGGCGGACCUGGACAGCGCGGUGGAAGGGAUCGUCGACGCGGCCUGGAGCUCCGCGGGGCAGGCUCGGAGCUAG